CCAGAUCUAUAAAUAUAGGUCCCGCGCGGUCAUCCGACACUUUAUUUAUUAUCAUCCCCUCUGCUACUCUGCCGUUGGAUUUCGGAUUCCUUGCGUUUGUUUGAAGAAAUCAAACCAACACCAGAAAGCACCCUUCACUUUCUUCCAAUUCCAAGUAAUAUCCCCAACAAAUAAUAAAUUCUCCUGAUAGGUAAUUCAAUUAAUCAAUUUUAAUCACCGCUGUCAUUAUCUUGAAUUACUUCUCUUUCAAUUUCGCUAAUUUUUGAAAGAUCCUGAUGGAGGAGGAACCAGGAAACCCUAGAAGAAGUAGUGAAGAAUCAACCACGCCUUUCUUGUCACUGAAUGAUGGGCUAAUUCCGCAGUUAUUCACAUCAGUGCCAUCCUUAAAUGAAGCUGCCUCUUAUCUAGCUCAAUCUACUUCGUUGUUUACCGGCUGCUUCUCUGAUUAUUCUGUGGAAUAUCCUUCUUCUGGGGAUUCUGUCACACAUGAACAGGAGUUGACAACGUUUUCUUCCACACAAGAUGGGGCCUCUCUGGAUAGUGAUCACCCGUCUUCAAGCGGAAGUCAUUCUGCCACUGAUACCCCUCCUAUCUAUGCUGGAGUAACAACAAACUCGUCUGAAGGACCAUCUCAAAAUACUAGUGCACUUGUACAAUCAAAUAACAGUGGUCAAAGCGGACUUUCAAUGUUUCAAGGGCUUAUUGAGCGUGCACGGAGGACUGUUCGUGGAUCCGCUGACGAUAUAGGGUGGCUGCAAUGUGCUUCAGGUAUGCCUUCAGUUGAAGAUGGAACUGGAAGGUUUAUGGAAAUUCUUGAUAACAUAAGGCAUGGUCUACACAAGUUGCCAAAUUCGAUAGUUUAUCUGUUGGUGCCAGGUCUUUUCAGUAAUCAUGGACCGCUUUAUUUUGUUUCUACAAAAACGAGUUUCUCAAAGAUGGGUCUGGCAUGUCACAUUGCCAAGAUUCAUAGUGAGGCUUCAGUUGAGAAAAAUGCCAGAGAGAUAAAAGAAUACAUCGAGGAAAUUUACUGGGGUUCACAGAAACGCGUCAUGCUUCUUGGACAUAGCAAAGGGGGAGUAGAUGCAGCGGCUGCUUUGUCAUUGUAUUGGUCAGAUUUGAAAGACAAGGUUGUCGGAUUAGCAUUAGCGCAGAGUCCAUAUGGUGGUAGUCCGAUAGCUUCGGAUAUUUUACGUGAAGGACAGCUUGGAGAUUAUGUAAAUAUACGGAGACUUAUGGAGAUUAUAAUCUGUAAAGUGAUUAAGGGUGACAUGCAAGCUUUAGAAGACUUGACUUAUGAGAGGAGGAAGGAAUUCUUGACGAAACACCAAUUGCCAAGCGAGCUUCCUGUUGUAUCUUUUCAUACUGAAGCAGGCAUUACACCUACUGUUCUAGCCACACUGUCUCAUGUUGCUCAUGCAGAGUUGCCCUUGAUGGCACCUCUAUCUGCUGGUGAAUUACCAAAACUCCCAGUGGUAAUUCCCCUUGGUGCUGCAAUGGCCGCGUGUGCCCAACUACUACAAAUCAGGUAUGGAGAGAAGAGUGACGGGCUUGUCACAUGCCGGGAUGCAGAAGUCCCUGGAUCCACAGUAGUGCGACCCAAAUGUAAACUGGAUCAUGCUUGGAUGGUCUAUUCAUCUCUGAACGGCGACCCUUCUGACUGGGAUGCUUCUCAAGUGUGUGAAGCUCUGUUAACAUUGCUUGUGGAAGUCGGUCAAAGGAAGAGACAUGAAUUUGCAAUGAAAGAUGAAUGAGCCCAGUGCGAUCUUGCUUUUCGCCUCCUCCUUGUGCUGUUGUUGUACUUAACAAUUUGCUAAUUUGGGUAUAUAGAAUCUGAACUCCUUUUCCUUCC